CCUGAGAUCGCCCAACACCUCUUUCCUCUUGGUCUGCUUACCUCCCCCGAAAGCCUUCCUGUGAAUACCAGGUUGGACUAGGGCCCUCGAAUUUCCCUGGAUCAAAGGAAAGUGAUUCUCUUGUUACCGGCUCUUGCCCUGGAGCAGGAUCAGAUUCCAUCCAUCUCUCACCUCUGCGCAGGACCACUGAUUUAGGAAUCAGGAGCCCCUAUUCAGAGUCAGAAUUUGACAGUUUCCAGCUUUGCGACCCUGACUCCACUCUUAGUCUGAUUCCUCAUCUGUAAGGUUAUGGAGAGAUUAUGAGAAGAGGCGCACAGGAGUAGGGGUGAGGCCUUAUAGAGUGUCGGGGAUCUUAAAGUGGGACGAACUGAAUGAAUUUGGGAGAGAUGAGCCUCCUAUGUUAAAGAUGAGACUGAAGAUCAAGGAGGGAAAGUGAGCUCUCUCCAAAGUCACGAAGUAAUUGGUAGAGUUGAAUAAGAAUCUAAGCCUGUAACUGCAGAGACCCAGAGAACUUUCUAUUACACUCCUGGGAAAGAGAGCCUAAGAUCUUUGUACAUUAUCUUGUGGGAGGAAAAUGCCUAAAGUCAAAAGAAGCAGGAAAGCUCCCCCAGAUGGCUGGGAGUUGAUUGAGCCAACACUGGAUGAAUUAGAUCAAAAGAUGAGAGAAGCUGAAACAGAACCUCAUGAGGGAAAAAGAAAAGUGGAAUCUCUGUGGCCCAUUUUCAGGAUCCACCACCAGAAAACCCGCUAUAUCUUUGACCUCUUUUAUAAGCGGAAAGCCAUAAGCAGAGAACUCUAUGAGUAUUGUAUUAAAGAAGGUUAUGCAGACAAAAAUUUGAUUGCAAAGUGGAAAAAGCAGGGAUAUGAGAACUUGUGCUGCCUGCGGUGCAUUCAGACUCGGGACACCAAUUUUGGGACUAACUGCAUUUGCCGGGUUCCCAAAAGCAAGCUGGAAGUGGGCCGCAUCAUCGAGUGCACACACUGUGGCUGUCGGGGCUGCUCUGGUUGAGGCCUCUGGGCCUGGCCCUCUCCGCCCUGGACUUUGGACCGUGCCACCCGAUUCUCGGGAGCAGCUCUUCUCAGCAGUGCCUCAGGCGUGUCGGAGCACCUCUACAGGUGAAGGCUUUGGUGUUCACCAGGUGUGAUCUGUAAAAAUAAAACCUGAAACCUCUCGG